CACAAAAUCUUUCCUCUUUCACAAGUUUCUCUUUUUUGCCAUACUUGAAGAUACUUCAGGUAAAAUGGAAACAGCUGUGACUCAUUUCAUCCUCCUGGCAGUCAUCUCAGGUUUAACCAAAGGAGCUGGUGUUUUGCCAGAUGAACUGACUGCAGCUGUUGGAGAGGAAGUGAUGUUCACCACAACAGUGACUCCACCAGAAACACCAUUUCUGUUAGUGGGCUGGAUUUUAUUUUUAAACAAUAUAGAAAGACCUAUAGUAACCUCCACUUCUACAGACAACAUUGAACCAGAGUAUGAAGGCAGGAUCAUCUUCGACAGAUCUACUGGAUCUCUGAAGCUCAUGGAUCUGACUCUUAAUGACAAUGGAGAGUACAGAGUUAGUAUUACACCAGAUGGAGGACACCAGAUGACAGGAUUCACCAAACUGAAGAUAUUUGAGCCAGUCUCCAAUGUAAAGGUAACUGCCAACAGCACAGACUUGGUGGAGUUCAACAGCUCUGUCAGUCUGUCCUGCUCUUCUUCUGGUUCCUCUCCUUCUUUCCUCUGGAUGAACGGCAGCUCUGAGGUUACAGCCAGUGAGAGAGUUCAGUUCACUGAUGGAAACUCCACUCUCACUAUCAUCAGUGUGACCCGCCAUGACCAGGGACCAUACAGCUGCAGAGUGUCCAAUCCUGUCAGUGGUCCUGUCACCAGUAAUCAAGGAAAACUUUCCAUCAGCUUUGGCCCAGAAAACAUUAUUUUGAAGUUAUCUCCACCUCAAGAACACCAUGCAAUAGGGUCAAACAUCAGCCUGUCUUGCUCAGCUGUCUCCAGACCUUCUGCUCAGUUUCAGUGGUUUCUGAAUGGAGACCUGCUGUCUGAUACUGGACCAGAACUCACACUGAAUAUUCAGAUGAGUCAGAGUGGGAACUACAGCUGUCAGGCCUUUAACAACAAAACUCUGAGAUAUCAAACAUCUCAGCCUUCAGCUAUAACUGUACUGGAGCGUGUCUCCAAUGUAAAGGUAACUGCCAGCAGCACAGACUUGGUGGAGUUCAACAGCUCUGUAAGUCUAUCCUGCUCUUCUUCUGGAUCCUCUCCUUCUUUCCUCUGGAUGAACGGCAGCUCUGAGGUUACAGCCAGUGAGAGAGUUCAGCUCACUGAUGGAGGCCGUACUCUCACUAUCAUCAAUGUGAUCCGCUAUGAUCAGGGACCAUACAGCUGGUCCAAUGCUGUCAGUGGUCCUGUCACCAGUGAUCCAGUAAAUCUUUCCAUCAACUAUGGCCCAGAAAACAUCAUUUUAAAGUUAUCUCCAUCUGAAGACCACUAUGUGGAAGGGUCAACUAUCAGACUGUCCUGCUCAGCUGUCUCCAGACCUUCUGCUCAGUUUCAGUGGUUUCUGAAUGGAGACCAGCUGUCUGAUACUGGACCAGAACUCACACUGAUCAAUAUUCAGAUGAGUCAGAGUGGGAACUACAGCUGUCAGGCCUUUAACAGCAAAACUCUGAGAUAUCAAACAUCUCAGCCUUCAGCUAUAACUGUACUGGUGCCAGUCUUCACUGUAAAGGUAACUGCCAGCAGCAUGGACUUGGUGGAGUUCAGCAGCUCUGUCAGUCUGUCCUGCUCCUCAUUCGGCUCUUUCCUUUCUUUCCUCUGGAUGAAUGGCAGCUCUGAGGUUACAUCCAGUGAGAGAGUUCAACUCACUGAUGGAAACUCCACUCUUAACAUAACCAAUGUGACCCGCUAUGAUCAUGGACCAUUCAGGUGUCAUGUGUCCAAUCCUGUCAGUGAUGGCACCAGUGAUCCAACAAAUCUUUCUAUCAGCUAUGGCCCAGAAAACAUUAUUUUGAAGUUAUCUCCAUCUCAAGAACACCAUGCAAUAGGGUCAACCAUCAGACUGUCUUGUUCAGCUGACUCCAGACCUUCUGCUCAGUUUCAGUGGUUUCUGAAUGGAGACCUGCUGUCUGAUACUGGACCAGAACUCACACUGAUGAAUAUUCAGAUGAAUCAGAGUGGGAACUACAGCUGUCAGGCCUUUAACAGCAAAACUCUGAGAUAUCAAACAUCUCAGCUUUCAGCUAUAAAUGUACUGGGUAAGUUGUUGCAAGAAGCUGUAUACAUGGUGAUAUCGAGGUUCCAGGGACUGAAGCGCUGAUCUUCCAGUUAGCUGAC